UAGGAUUUCCGAGUGUCCCUGAAAGCAGCACAGAGCAUCCUCAUCCACUCCAUCAGGGUGACGUGUUGUGUGCGGAUAGAUGCACGUAGAUAAAUUCCCUGUCUGUUUUAGUGUCUCAUAGCCCUGCAGAUAUUAUUAUUUUUACAUGUGAGAGGUCGUGUUCGAGCUCGGGAGAGAUCAGCAGCAUGCAGCGGAACGCGGUGAUCGUGGUGGCGGACAAAACGAGCCUGAAAAGGCCGUUUAUCUUUGCAAAUGCUGUUCAUAUGGUAGGUGGUUUUUCUCCUCUCCAAUGCAUUCCAACACAAAGGCUUUUUUUGAUUGCAUUUGAUGUUUCUUGUUAAAUCCACGUUUUGCUUUUGUUAUUUUACCUUAAAUAGUCUAUUAUUAACCCAAAUAAGGGUCGUGCAGUAGGCUUCGGCUGUGUGUCUCUCAGACAAACAUGCUGCAGACAAUCCCCUCCCAUCAAAAUAUGCACAAUGUGGCUACUGCAGUGUAUGUUUCAUCAAGAUGAUUUUAGGUUAAGAACGUCUUGGAGGAAAACAUCUGGAAACAAUACAUUGCCAUAUGAUUAAUCCUACAAUGGAUGCCUCUUGUACAAUAUUCCCAGAAAAAAAUCUUUAUGUAUUGAAAUCAAAAUUGUGUUUGUAGUUCUCAGUUGUGAGUCUUGAAUCAUAUGCAGUAUAUGCAAUGAAAGGCUCCGUUUUGGCUCUUAUCACUGCCCUAAAAAAGGGUAUUACUCCAGUUGUAGGCUAAUCCGGGAUAGCAUUAGCCCUUCACUGAACCAAACUGCUGCUUUAAGAGGAUGACUUCUGCAAAGAAAAGCUUAAUCUUAAGGAUUUAGAUGAAAUUUAGCAUUGAAUUUGCAGAUUAGAUACUGUUUGUGAUUUGUCUUGAUCAUAAACUGUGUGUUUGCUUUCUUUUUUAUUAACUUGCAGUGUUUUAUGUUCCUUUCCUAACAGGCACUAUGUUUCUUCAUGUUGACUAUGACAGUAGCUUGGCACAGAGACCUCAUCCAAACUGGCAAAGUAAGACUGUUGUCAUGCAUGCCUUAAACCAGAUUAAAACUAUGUCCUGAGCAGAUGUAACAUUUGAUUGAGGCACGAAUAGAUACCACUGUGUUACAAAGUUUUACAGGGGGCAAAGGAGUUGCUGAGGUAAACAAGAACAAGUGGGGAAUUAUUAAUGCAUGGCUCCUGUCGAUAUUUCUCUAAAACGGCGCAGCAGCACUUUUUUUAUAUUGUCUUUUCUCUCUUAGACCUCAGUUAAAGCUGCACACAUCUGCCAGUUACAGCGUCCCUAGGCUGUGACUUAUCUUAAAGUGCUAUGGGUUACCUCUUUGUAGCUGACCCUGACCUUUGACCUCUUUGGUAGCCUUGUUAUCUUGCAUUGUUAGUUGCUGCAAUAUAAUGUAAAUAUCUUCAAGAUUAUUUUGUCAGUAUCCUUGUGAUGCCAGUGUCAUUAUUCUCGUCCACAGCUGGUGUCCAGUGCUUCAGUCGUGAUCAUGUACGUCAUGGAGAUCGGCUGCCUGCUGCUCUCGGUGCUUGGUGUGUUUGGAGCCCUAAAAGGAAAAAGAUGGUGUUUGAUACUGGUAAAAAAAAAUAAUAAAGAAAAACGUCUUUCUUUGUGUUGUGGGAAAUGGCAUCUGGACGGUUAAUCUCUCAUUUACUUGUGGUGUUUUAUAUGCGCAGUAUGCAGCAGGGAUGGCAGCAGCCAGUCAAACAAUAAUUGUAAGAACAGCACUAAGUUACCAGGAUGUGUAUGAGGUAUAGUGAUUCAUUUGAUAAUAUUUCUUAAAAGAAUAAAAUCUGCAGCCCCUAAAAAUGUCAUAAAAUUUAAAAGGAAAUGUGAUUUUUGUGCCUCCUCAGAAACGUGUGGCCCGUGAGGAGGCGAAGCUGCUCUCCAUGAUGCCGCUCAGUGGAAUCAGCAAAGCCAACAGGACGCUGCUGUACAGCAUUCAAGAAGAGGUAUCAACAUAUUUACUCCUCAUAAUUCAAACAUCCUUUUUAAAACUCCUAUAAGUAGGGCUGGGCGAUAUGGGAAAAAGUUUAUCACAAUGUAUUUUUUUCAUAUCAGUCAAUAUCAAUAUAUAUCAGGAUAUAAAAAAUGAAAUUUAAGAGUGCUCAUUGGUAGCAUGUCUUUUGCAAUACAACAAGCUACUGCAUCUGUGACGUUUUCACCGAUGUUUUCAUGCCAGUGUUGUCGAGGAUGUCAUCACCUGUUUAGCCUUUAUGUGCAUUUCUGCCAGGGGUAGCACUCAUUUCUUUUUUUUCUCACUGACAGUGCCGUCGGCUUCACAUGUCAGAGUGCUAUGGUUGCGUUUAGCUGCAGCCUGCUACUACGCAGUUGUUUGCUACCUGGUUCUAAUUCAGCUCAUGAUUGGUUCAGCACGAAGUGGACCCAGAGAAACUCCCCUUUUCAUUGGCUAUUCGUAUAGUCUACCAAAACAUAAGAGAAUGCCAACUAUUGAAAAGCAUAUUGACCAUGUUUUAUGUUGAUAUUGAGGGAAAUUAAUUUUCAAUAUAUAUUGUUAUUGUUUUAUUGCCCAGCCCUACCUGUGAGGAACUUUUUCUUUUUGCCAAUCUCUAUUGACAGAUCAGUCUAUUCUUACCUUGUCCUCUACAUGCUUUUGUUGUAAAUUCACCCUGCUGACCUUUAAACAUCAAAUAAAAUAUUUAUUGCCAGUUUAAUGUGGAAAAGUGUAAGGACAGGGCUGCUUGUCUGACACCUACCGCCUUACAUCAGCUUUGGGCAUUAAAACUAUAAUAUACAGUUCAUCAGUCUUGUUCCUGAUGAUCUUGUUUACUUUCAGGUAUCAUGAAAAGGCAUCAAUUUGAAUUUCAGUCUUUAAAUAGCGGUUAGGAUAGAAUUGCAGCCACUUUCAAGUCCAUAAGUCUUUACGUCUUAAAUGUCCUCACUAUCCCAACAUACCAGAAGAAAUAUGUUCUCAAUCAUCUACUUCAGGGAAAUAACUUAUUAGUUAUUUUUGUUUGUUUUUAACUAAAGAUAAUCUCAUUUGCAUCCUCUUACUUCCUUUUACUCUGUGGUAACUGUGCUUUCACAGUUCGCAAAAUGCUUUUGGGCAAGGAAACAGCAGUGUAGUGUUGCUGGUUAGCUUGUAGCCAUAGUUAGCUUUUUAAAUGUAGCGUGCACCAUUAGCCCUGGUUUUUAAAACAAGUUGUUCAUUGCAUUUUGGCUCAUCAGCAACAUGAAAUAUAUGCUUAAUGUGUCAUUAGCAGUUCUUAUAAACAAAAAAAAAAAACGUGGUUGUACAGAAUUGUAUCACGGUAUUUCUUUAAAGAGUUCAGAAAAUUGGGAAGUGUCACAAGCCUAAAGCAAGUUUUGGAGCAUUUUAUGACAUCCCAACAGAUUCCUGGUGAUAUAUUUCUUCAUUUCCUCAGAAAGUGUAGGUCAAGCUGAAUCUAAAAAUAGACAUAUCAUGUCUCAGAUUUGACUGAGAUAUGACUCAGAACGUCCCCCUCGGGGAGGCCACGUCACGGAUUGAAAACCUCUGUAACACAUCCCACACUCCUAAAACUGUCACAACCACACAAAGCUGUCCCUGCUGUCCCACACUUUAUGGAAUCAACUGUUUUUUUUACGAGCAAAGAGCCAUUAGCUUGACUUGCAAAUAUAGCUAACCUAGAGGUUUUUAGAGGGUUAUUUUUCUGAGUAUUAAAGUACAGAACCCCUCAUUAAAAAGGAGCUCCCAACGUAGUACAUGAAAAAAUACAUUAAGACAGACAGUAACAAACAAAAGAUGCACACAGAGCACACACACACUCAGUAGGCAAUCAAAGGUGAAUGAAGCCGCACCUGGAGUAUAUGUAGAGUUGGGGGCGUGGCCAUGAGAGCAGGUGUGUCAUUCCUUAAAGAGGUAUCAACCAGCUAAGUAAUUAGAUUCAGAAUGAUACAGAAUAACAGCGUAUUAAUCACAGAUUUAAACGUUUUAAUGUAAUUUUGGCAUACUCACUAAUGAUUUAGUAUCUUGCAUGUGUGUUUUAUUGUAUUGCAGGUGCGAAUUAACUGUUCGUUAAUAAACAAAAUCACUUUCUGCAUGUUCGAAUAUUCCUGAUGGCAAAGUCGCUGUGCUUUAAGGAUCCUGAUGAGGCGUCUCCUACUCAAAACAAUACCAAACGUGUCUAAAGCUGCGUCCGAAUUGCCAAGUAGUAGUCGAAGUAGUAGUCGAAGUAGUAUCUAGCAUGUCCGAAUUGGCCACCGGAGCGAGUAGCAUGCUACUUCAGAUACUACUUCAGAUACUAGACACGCCCACAUUGUAGGUUGGUCUCGGUGCAUCCUACGGGCAUGCUACUGACCCAAAAUGCACCGCGGGCUUCUUCUUCGUCCUCUUAAAAGUUGUAGAAGCGCAUGUGAUGCUAGCGCCACCAGCUGCUCUGCCUAUUUAAAUGUGUCGCGAACGCCGGCUGGCCACAGCAGCGCGCACCAUGUCGGAGCAGCAGCAGGCGGGACAGCAGCAGUACAGAUGUAAGUUUUAUGUAACUUCACACACUGUCCUAAAAAAUGUGCGGUUGUAUCUCUUUGUCAUGUCAUGGUGUCAUAUUUGCCCAAGUAAUCAUUUUAUGAGCAAAUAUGUGGCGACAUCAUGGAGGUAAAGCUCACUUAUUCCAUCAUUAAACUGCACAGCUGCAGUACUACAGCCAGGCCCGCAGAUGAGGGGCUUCAGUUACUACUGUCUGCACGGGCGCAGUACCUACUCUCUGCCUGCGGGGGUCGUCUUUCCCCACCGCUCGUCUAGUGUGUCCGAAUUGGGCCAACGUUUUUAGUAUGUAGGAGUAGGAUCUAGCAGUAGCACGUAGCAGUAGCAUGUAGUAUCCGAGCGGGCAGUUCGGACGCAGCAUAAGUUUUAAAGUAUCUCUUUGUGAGCCAUUCCUAAAAGAAAGAAAAUGUUGAUAAUAUGCUCUCUGUCCAUGAUACAACAAAAACGCUUAAGCAAGAUACAAAUAAAGCACAUGUACGAGAUACUAAAUCACAAGUGCGAGAUACUAAAUCAAACAUGCGAAUUAAAAAAAAAUCAAAAUUUCAUAUCGCCUCCCGGGCUCCUCACUUAUGUAAGGCAUCUUGUUAAUGUUUUAUUUUAUUGGUGUGUGUUUAUGUGUCACUUCUAGUUUGAGUGCUGUGGUCUCAUUGAAGGCUACAAAGACUGGGGCUCCAACAUCCCUCCCUCCUGUAACUGUCAAUAUCCAGGAAAAUGUGUAAGUAUCUCCCUUUUGAAGACCAAAGCUCGAGCAGUGAGGAUGACUCUUUUUGUUAUAAACCCAAACCCCUAACUCUCACCCCAGACUCACCCACAAAUUCUAAAAGGCUGUUUUUAAAUUACUUGAGCCAGCCCUGCUAAAUGUCCUUUCUGACAUAAAAAUUAUUAGAUUUUUAUGUCAGAAAUUAUUAGAUUUUUAUGAUAUAUUAUCUAGAUUUUAACCAGGUUAAGCUCAGGAGCAAGGAACUUUCCAGAUAAAGCUUCCACCUCCCCAGGUGAAGCCAAUCAGUGAUAACGAGCUGUGGGACAAUCAGUCCCAUAGUCUGUAUACGAUCAGCCAAUCAGAGGGCACCAACAAAACAAACCAGCUUAUCAUCAGAAAAUCUCUGUUGGGUGCACAGUUUGUUAAACUGUAUUCAAAGACUGAUAAACUUACACAUUGCCUCAAACAUAACUGUGUGUUAAGUCAGUCAGCUGUUUAGGGUAAUUGUUAAAAAAUAUGCCAAUAUACUUGAAUGAGGCCUAAAACUGGUUCACAUCAUUAUCAUUAAUCCAUUAUUCAGCCAACACCUUUUUCAGAUCAUCUCAUUAUUUAUUCCUGUAUAGAUCCGACUACGGGGCAGCGCCACUCUUGGAGCUCCAAAGAACCAGUAUGUCUAUCAAAGGGUAAAAGAUUUUUUUUUUUUUAUCACAUUAACCUUUAAAAAAUGUGGCCUCUCUGAUUUAGAAGGUUACUUCAAUGUACUUCAGUUUUUUUCCACUUAGUGGAAAGACCUGUGGCCAAAUCUCAUUUUAAUUUAUCGACUUUCCCCACCAUGAUUGAAAAACAAACUGCUCUGUUUUCUCUGCAGCCUUGCCUUCCAAUUUAUGUCUCCGAACUGAAACUUGCUUUCUCUCUGGCGAUGGGUAUACAGUUUGGAAGUGCAGUUUUUUGGGUAUGUACACAUUUUUUUACACAUCACUGUUAUUCAGAGACAUACAGUCUUGAUUUGUGCAUUAAUAAGUUUCAUUUUACACUGCAUUUCCACAACAUGAAUUUAUACUCUGAACAAGGAACCUUUGUUUAAUUUCAGUGCAUUUAUACCAUAAGAGUUAAGUUUAAAAUUAUGGAAACACAGACAUUAGUUUUUCAAAAGCCCCAGGUUUCAGAGACUGUAUUUUCCCAGAGUAUAUUACCAUCUUAUACAAUUCUUAAUCGUUUACAACUCUCAUCCAAAAGCCUGGUUUUUCAAAUGUUUUUCAUCCACCUAUCAUUCACACAUCAGUGGAGGAACUUGUUGGAUAAAGGACCAAAAUUCCAGUAAUUUAAAAAUAUGUAGCUUUAAUGAUCAAAUUCAGGCUAUGGUUCAUAUCUGCUUUUUUGUCGCUAAAUAUUUAUCCCCUAGAUAAUUCCUGUCUCAAGCUGAGAUUUAUCAUCUAGACUCUGUUUGUCAGACUUGACUAUGACAAAUCAAUCUACCAAACUCUUUCCUGUUUUUUCCAGGUGGUAUUACUCGUGAUGAGCAUUAAGCUAAUGGGCCAGAUCAGACGAAAACAGGAGUUCAUGGCUCUCCUCCAAUCAAACAGAUAUGUUCCUGGUGCCUUCUAGUCACCUUGUAUGUUUUGAUACACUCUUCAAGUUUAUCAGCAAGAAAACCUCGUUUGAAUUUGCACAUGUAAACUAAUUAUACUGUAUACCAUAUCCUGGCUACUUGUGCUAAGGCAACAUGUGUUAAUAUUAUAAUUUUCUGACAAAUUAUUGCAUGUAUCUGAUAUUGAAAGUAAUCUACAUGCAUAGAUUAACUUCAGAUGAGUCUUAUUUCGCCUUUCAGCUGUAAAAACACUGCAGUUUGAGAAGAAAUCUAAUAUUUAUGAGCCAUUAUAUUUCACAUGCUGUUGUGAUAUCUCUAAAAGGUAUAAUAUCUUAGAAAGCAUUUAACCAGCUGUUUGUUUUCUUUGCUGGAGCUGAUCAGCACAUUUGUCUCUAGCAGUGAGAGUUGACCCAUGUAGCUAAUACUUUUCCUCAGUAAGUUUUGGGGCGACAAACACAAAUAAACUGCAUCCAAAGCUCCUAAAACUUUGAAAUAUGCAUAAAAGGCACUUUUGUUUGUUUAAUAUUGUUUUAGGCUGAAUCUACAUUCUGCCUUUUAAUGUUUUGAGGUCAGUGUAGUCUUCAUAAUUCACAAAAAUCUAUAUUUGAUGCACACCACUGAAAUGAAAAAAAAAAAAAAAGAAACUAUUAAAUGGACCAACCUAUUUAUAACAUACAGUACAUAUUAAGUGUAGAUGCCUGUGCUAGUCUUAACGAAGCGCACUCAUUGAUUUUUCAGCAUUAGAGCAACCAAUAACCUUUGAAGUAUAUUUAAAUAAAUAACCUGUAUGUAGCACCUUUCUUAAACAGUGUUUACAAAGUGUUUGAUUGAAAUGUAAUCAUUUAUAUUAUUACUGAGUAAUGUAUUUAAAGGGUAAAUAAUCAGGUUAGACAGAGGAAUGAGCCAAAGCUCUCAUUGGGACUUCCGAAUGUCUUAAUGCCUUGUUAAGCACAUUUCAACAUUUUAUCACUCAAAUCUUGAUUUUCUUAAGCACAAGUUUUGGUUGAAUUAUGUAUUACUAUGUUAAAUGGGAGGAGAGAAGACUCAGUUUGGUUGCACAUCCAGUAGACAUGCAGUAAAUCCGCGUUUUAUGCUUCCUAAGAUUUUGAUUUAAGCUCAUGGGACAUGUUGGCAACGUGGCUGCGGACGGGUUUGAGAGGCUCUUCCAGAAAAAUGUGUCACCAGUUCUGACGUCACUCUCACCGGAGACGCCUUUUCAUACCACGCCACUUCUCAUUUAACUUCCUACAUGAGCUUCCUGUGGUUCUUCCGUACUACUGAAUGAAUUCCAUCUGAAACAGCAGAUCCAAUGUCUACCUGUGCACUUUAACCAUUUAUGCCUAAUUAAUGUGUUCUUGCAAAGUAUGGUGUUUUUUAUUUUCUGGCAUACAUGAUUUAUAUUUUAUUUAUGGGAUGAACUUGUGUAAUAUUUUGUAAAUAGUAAGAAUAAAAUAUGUGAUUCUUGUUCCUUUUA